GCCGCGGCGGCGGCGGCCGGGGAAGCAGCACUCUCCCGCUCGCCCAGCACGGCCGACGGAGGCCCUUUCCUCGCAAGGCAACAGCGAGCUCUGCGCAGAGGUUUCGGCAGCCGGGGCUGUGCUGCCGCUCGGCCUGCCGCGCUCCAGCGGGAACGAAUCCCUGCGGCGCGCCUCGGACGGGGAAGGGGCGCUUUUGUAACCGACUUUGUAUUAAAGUUUUAUACAGUUCUACCCGCCGGGCUCCUCCUGCUCUUUCUCGCCUCGCGGAACAGCCCGAGGCAGGGGCGGGGGCCGAAGGGCUCUUCCGUGGCCGCGCUGGCUCCGCCCCGCCUUCCUCGCCUGCGCGCGGCAUCUCGGGCUGCAGCCUGGAGAUGGCGGCGCGCUGGGGGCGGCUGCGGGCCAUGGGCCGGCGGACGCUGCCCGCGGAGCUCGAGACGGAGGAAGAGGCGGCGGCCAGGCUGGAGCUGCAGCGCCGGGCAAAGGCGGCCCGCCUGCGCAGAGUGCAGAGGCUGAUGGAGCCGUCGGGGCCCCCGGAGCGCACGCUGAGCCACCAGGCCAUGGAGCAGAUACGGCACCUUCGCCAGGACUCGCCGGAGGAGUGGCCCGUGGCCCGCCUGGCCCGGAGCUUCCAGGUGAGCCCCGACGUCGUCGGCAGGGUCCUGAGGAGCCGCUUCUCGCCUUCCCCGGAACGGAGCCUGAAGCAGGACGGCCGGCUGCAGGGUCAGCGGAGCGGCGGCGGCCUCUUGGCCCGCGAGGCCGCGGUCCAGCUAGUGCCGGCCUGCCGCACGGGGGGCCAGGCGGCGGCGGCCUCCGGGGCGGCUCAGAGGAAGCGAGCGGACCCCUGCGCCACCCUUGCGCCCGCAGGCGGCCAGCCGCAGAGACGCAGCGCUGAGGAUCCGCAGCCCCGACUCCGAGUAGUGCAGAAGGGCCGGGAAUUUGUGGACGGGGAUGGCAACUUUCUCUACCGAAUCCCGGCCUAAGAGCAGAGGCAAGAAGACCUGCAGUGCAGCCAGGUGGCUGCCCUCCCGGGGUCUACCCCGGACUCUCUUUGCCCCCAAUAGAGGUGGGCCCCCAAUAGAGGUUCCUGCCUGCCUCCCCUCCUCUGCCAAUGCGCAGUUUGCUCUCCCUUGAUGAUUUCUGGCCCCAGCACAUCACUUGAGAGCUCGACUGAUCAUUUCCAGGCUCUCCUCUUGUCCCAGGGUGAUCAGAAUCAUGGCUCAGCUUCUCCGGCCCUGGGGGUUUGUAAGGCACACCCUGUCCUGGAAGGCAGGGCUUUGUGGCUGGAGGGCAGGAAGACCCCAGCCCCCUCCCCCUGUCCAAGCCAGUGGAGGAUUGACAGGUACUUGCAUAAGGUGGAGUAGAAAAUAGGUAAGAAAAUCCCUUUGAAUUAAAGUAGCACACCUUUAGAGAAGUAUGACUUAAGGCAUUUUUGGACUUUCCACCUAAGGGAUGUUGUUGGGUGCUAUUAUUUAAAGGGCUUAGAGAAUUUUUGCUGUUGUUUGUUCUCCUAUAAUUCUCCUCUGAGAUACUGGGAAGUGAAAUAACUGCUUGGAUCCAUAUCCUGAAAUGCUGGCCCUUGUACAACAAGAGCCAAGGCCAAAAAUUAUGUUCCAUUCAAAGGGUAUCAUUCUACCAAGUCUUACUCCAUUCCUAUGGCCCAACUAAUGCUAUUUUUUACAUGGUAACUAACGUUUAUUUAAGUAACCCCCCCCCCCAUUGUAACAAACUUUAUUUAUACCUCUGCAAGAACUAGUGAAUGUGCAUAGCCUGGACUUUUAAAAUAAUAUCAGCUACCCCUUAUCUAUUUUGAAAAGCCUGCCACAUGGACAGCCAACGCUGAAGCUGUAGCCACUUGCUGGGGCUUUCUUACCCCCCCCCCCCCGCACUUAGGGUGAGGGAUCCAGAGUUUCUUUGAGAAAAGAAAUUGGAGAUUUAAACGACUAGGGAAUGCACUGAAGUAUCUGCAUUUAUAUGUAUUUAUUUCUACAAUUCAUUAAAAUAGUUGGGGAGAAUGAUUUUGUUUUAAAUAUUAGCCUGUGAAAGUUUGGCUAGAGGAAUGAAUUAAGACUUAUGAUACUCCAUGAAUGUAGAGAGCAAGGAAGAUGAUUUUUGGUCAAGGCUGUUUCUGCACAAGGGCCAGUCAGAUACCCUGGAGCAGGCGAGGGAGGCUGUAGGUCUCCUGUGCCGUCGCCCUGCACCGACUGGUAUUCAGGGUCAUAGUGCCUCUCAAAUAGGAAAGUUCCAUUUCUUGAUCAGUGGCCAAUAGUCAUUGACUAUGGUGGGUAGCCUAAAAGGGUCAAAGACACUGUUGUAUUGAUACCCUUAGUAACCAGGAUUUCCAGCUGACUACAUCUUGAACACCUGUGAACAAAUAUUCUGUGAAACGUUCUUGGUCUGCUUCUUGAUUUUAACAUGGUGAUGUCAGAUGACAAGUGGAGAGAAACCAGAGGAGGAAAACCCUUCCUUUUAGGGAACUAGAAUCCUCAGCCUCCCCGCUCGCCACACAUUUAAGCCGUCUGGGGAGGAGCUGGGGCCAGCAAUCUUCUACAUUCAUUUAUGUAAUACUAGUUCAAAUAACUCCUUAACAUUGCUCAUUGUGAAAAUGACAUGUACAUAUGUGAAAAUUAGAAUAUACAUAUUGUAAAUAG